CGGUUUUAAUCCUUUCAUUUGCUUAUUCAAGUGCUUGGUGAGCGCUAACUAUAUGAUAGACACUAUCUUAGUUCUUGUUCUUGGAUCCCUGGUGGCGCCGUGGUUAAGAGCUCGGCUGCUAACCGGAAGGGUCGGCAGUUCGAAUCCACCAGGCGCUCCUUGGUAGACCUUACAGGGCAGUUCUAUUCUGUCCUAUAGGUCACUGUGAGCCGGAAUCGAUUCGACAACGGGUGUUUUAGUUCUUGGGAUACUUCUGAGUGAACAUUUGGGGUUGAGGUGGUGUUGGAAAGAGACACUUUAAAUAAGGAAAGUGUAUAGUAUGUUAGUGAUAAGUGUGAUGGGAAAAGGAAAUAGGGCAGGUAGGAGGGUUAAAACAAUUUUAAAUAGGAUUUACAGGUCAGUGAGACCUGACAUUGAGCAGACUUGGCGGUGAGGGAAUCGGCAGUACUAAUGUCUAAGUGUGAGGGAUCCAGGGAAAGGGAACAUCCAGUGCUGACACCCUCAGGAGGGGGAGUGUGCCUGACUUGUUGGAAGACUUACAAGGAGGCUCUGGAAGAAGAGUGAGGGAGAGGAAGUAUAUUCAGGACCUCCUCACUACGUCUAUAACCAGAUUUGUAUUACGUGGGGAAUGCUCUUUGAGGCUUUUUCUUAUUAAUAUACACAAUAAGCAAGCGUGAAUUAAGAGGAAAAAAACAAUUCUUUUUUGCUCUUGUUUUUUACAAACAGACUCACUUUCUCAGAAGCACUGUGAUACAUUAAGUAACAGUGCUUCCUGAAACCAUUAAGAAGAAUGUCUGUGACAUUGCAUACAGAUGUAGGUGAUAUUAAAAUAGAAGUUUUUUGUGAGAGGACACCCAAAACCUGUGAGAAUUUCUUGGCUCUUUGUGCCAGUAAUUACUACCAUGGCUGUAUUUUUCAUAGAAAUAUCAAGGGUUUCAUGGUUCAAACAGGAGAUCCAACAGGUAGUGGAAGAGGAGGUAACAGUAUCUGGGGCAAGAAGUUUGAGGAUGAAUACAGUGAAUAUCUUAAGCACAAUGUUAGAGGUGUUGUAUCCAUGGCUAAUAAUGGCCCAAACACCAAUGGAUCUCAAUUCUUCAUCACCUAUGGCAAGCAGCCACAUUUGGACAUGAAGUACACAGUAUUUGGAAAGGUAAUAGAUGGUCUGGAGACCCUAGAUGAAUUGGAGAAGUUACCAGUAAAUGAGAAGACAUAUCGACCUCUGAAUGAUGUACACAUUAAGGACAUAACUAUUCAUGCCAACCCAUUUGCUCAGUAGCUAUAAUAGACCUGGGCAAAUACUUGGCAAGCUGUUCAGGGAACACACCUCUUGUGGUUUACCCAGUUCUAUUUAUGUCAGAGAUUGCAUCAUCCUUCUGCUUGUUUAUAGCGAAGAGCUUCUAUGAGGUAGUGAUUCCAAGGGGAGAGAAACAGCUUUUACCCUCUUAGGAGCAUGCUCUUUACUACAACUGUUAUCCAAUGUAUUUAAUUUUAAUAUUAAAAAAACCUGUUUUAAUUUUUGUUAUAAACAUCUAUUUUUAAAUACUGAUUUUCUUCAUUAAAUCUAGGCAUUUUUGAGCACCCUAAUCACAUAUUCCUACCAUAUCUAGUCCAUAUUCUGAACGUACCGUUUUACAUUGGUUAUUCAUCCUGUGCAGUUAGAGGAGGAACAAGAUAAACAGAUGGUCUAGAAAGGCUAGCUAAUCCACAUGCUAUUUUCUCUGGUCUUUCCCAAAACCCACUGCCAUCAAGUCGAUUCUGACUCAUAUUGACCCUACAGGACAGAGCAGAAGUGCCCCAUGGAGUUCCAAGGCUGUAAAUCUUUAAGGAAGCAGACCACCAGAUCCUUCUCCUGCACAGUGGCUGGUGGGUUCAAACUGUUGACCUUUUGGUUAGCAGCUGAGUGCUUUAACCACUGUACCACCAGGGCUCCUCUCUGGUCUUUAGAUGUAUAGUAAAGGCUCUAAGAAGCCCUACAGUAGAGUUAACACUCGGCAUUUCCCAAAUGAUUUGCCCAUGGAACAUGUUCUACAGUGUAUCUUUUGAAAUAUUGCAAAAUAGAGUUCUGUAGAAUAUCCAAUCUAUGAAUUCGUUAAGAGCACCAGUUGUGGAGUCCUGGUCUGUUUGAAUCACGGUUGUACCCCU